GUUCUCCUGAAGGAAGGGAAGUUUCGAUCCAUUUGAUUAAGGCUUAUUGAAAUUGAUGUUCACGGAAGAUGGAGCAGAUCAAAACUCCCAAAGUCAUUGGAACUCAUGAUUAUUAUAAGUCAUGAGUGUGCGCCGACUCUAAUUUCGACUAGUAGAAGUGCUCCUAAUCGUCCUAGAUCUACUCCUACCACUACGACUACUACAAAAAGUUUUGACUAUUUGCACUCCUACUCCGACUCAUCUAAUUUCGCCUCUGGACCCUGGACUCAUUUUCAAGCGUUUGCCGUGGAACUGGCUAGGGAAGUGGGCAUCGAUGAUCCUGACUCGCUGAAAAUUGAUUUUCCCACGACGCAUGUGACAACAAGUGGGGCAUUUUCAACAGGUGACAGCCACAGGCCAACACUGACGCUGUGCCCGAUCGUUGCGGAGGACGCGAGCAGACAGCUUUUUGAUGGGAAUACUCCUCUUGAGGUCAACACAGCGAGUGGUGCUGUUUCCUGCACCUUCACGACUAUUCCUGACUGUUAAGGCUCAAUAGACUUCAUUUCUAAGAGUCAUUUCUCGCAGAUUGAUUCCUUCUUAGGACAAUUCGGCGGAUAAAUGAAGGGAACAAGAAACGAAGUGUUUUGAGCUUCUCUAAGAGGAGACGGUUUCGGCAUUCAACACGUUCAAGAAGUAUCGUUUUAUUACUCAAGAAGUGGCUGACCUCUUGUGGGCUGGACACAUUGAAGAGCCUCGGCUGAUUUUUUCGAUAUUGCAGUAUGAAC